CCUCGGCGAAAAAAAUAAUAAAUCGUCAAAAAAUAUUAAAGUAUAAUUUUUAAUUAAAUAAUAUCGUUGCUUAUCAUAAUCGAGUGCGCGCGGAAAGAUGACGCGCGUUACUAGAAGUGAUAUAUCACUCGAUAUGGAGAUAUGGGUGGAAGAGCUAUCUCCAGCACAGUUGGCUUAUUACGAGAAAAUUACCAACGAGCACAACGCUGUGAAAAAUGCUCUGAAAUCGGCCGUGAAUGCAAACGAAGGAAAGGAGCUCUUUAAUGGCCAAGUGUUUCAGGCCUACUCCUUUAAGGGCAAAGUGCUGCAGGAGUUAAAGGAAGCCACGUUGCCAAAGAAGCCGCCAAAGGCUGUAGAUCCGCCGCCUCCGCCUCCCUCUGCCGGUGCCGGCGGCGGCACUGGUCGAGGGCGCGGUCGACCACCUAAAAAUGUGUCUAACAUUGCAUAUUUAGAAUCAUCAGAUGAGGGCGACGACGAUGUGCCGCUAGCCAAACGGCUAGCUCUGUCCGUUGGCAAAAAGGCGGUAGCUGCAGCCGCGCCCACCGCGACCACACCAAAAGCGGGCAGGAAAUCUGCCUUAGCAGCUGCUGCAUCUCCGUCCGGCAAGGCAUCUCCACAGCCAAAAAGUGGCAAGGGUUCUGGAUCCAGUGGCAAAUCAUUGGGAGGCGAAGCUCCACCUAAAAACUUCCGACCCGCGGAGGUGAAUUCAGUAGGUGGUCUGGUCGUGGGCAGCAACGAUGAUAGCGGUAAGGAUGCAAAGGAGUCCAAGGAUGGCAAGGAUACAAAAAUGCAGGGCAAGACAUAUCCAUCGUUGGUGGUGCUGGCCAAGCCAUUCCUUAAGAUCAAAGACAUGGCGGCAACUCGCAGCAAACUCGACUCUAAGGUCAAGCUGGUAUUAAUGCUGACACCCAACAAGUUCUGUGAGUGGCUGCUCCAAGAGGGACUCCUGCGGGCUCAGCAGCAUUGCAUUAAUCAUCGCAACAACGAGAUGAAGCUGGGUGUCUAUUCGGAUAUCAGCAAGUUUCCGUAUACUGGUGGCUAUGUCUGGAUUAGCGAUUGCUGCCCCUAUCGAUUUGUCUCAGUGUUUAACAAUUCCAUAUUUGAAGGCGCCCAGCAUCCGCCGACAUUUCUGCUGAAGCUCAUCUAUCACUGGGCUUGUCAGACAAGCAUUCAGAAUGUGGUCCAGUGGGUUAAGGUGGACAGUGUGUACAUAAAAGGCAUCUACACGUGGCUAAGAGCCAUCUGCACCUUGGCAGUUCAUCAAAAGUGUAAAAAGCUGGGAGGACCCGGCAAGUUUGUAGAGGUGGGUGUCAUCUCGUUGGGCACCACGUCCCAGGAUGGGGCACAACGUCAGGUGAAAGUGGAGGUGCUUGGUGUUUACGAUUAUGCGGAUAAGUCUAUACGGCUGCGUGCCGUAGAACCCAUUACCGAUGGCGAUCGCAAUUACAAGAAGCGUUUUCAGGCCAUUUUGGAACCGCUUUCACGCUGGGUGCACAAGGACAGCACCAUUUGCAUAGACUUGACUGUGGAUAAGAUUACGCUCUUUAGCAUGGGCUUUAAGAACAUUGUGCAAGCUGCGGCCACCGAUAACGCAGCGAAGCACAAUAACUCGGCGGUAAUGGAGUAUCUUCGACGCAUUGUGCCACGCAUGUUCCAGAACACACUGUCCUUGCUCUCGCGCCAAAUGAUCCAGCAAUUCCUCGACGAACUGGUUUGGCGCGAAGCCUUUGGAACGUAUGCACUGCAAGCAUUUAACAACAUCAUCAUCCACAUUGCCGAGCAGACGCGAGUGACCACCAAUGAGACCAUCACACAGCGCCUGUAUCAGGUCGCAACGAAUCCCUUUAAGGACUGGAGCAUACUUCCACCAAAUUACAAGGAGACACCAGCCAAUGCCGCUCCUAAACGCCUCAAGAAACCCAUUAAUGAUUCGGACUAUUUGAGUGCAAACAAGGAAUAUGGUAAAGUGAAGAAGGAAAAGGAACGAGAAAAGGAUAUUCUGCCCGCUGGCAGCAAAAGGCGAAGUACUAUCAGCACGCCUCCACCACCUGGACCUAAAAGUGCAAAGGCAAGCUCAAGCAAGUUGAUUACCAAAACUGCAUCCUCGAAGACGAUCACGUCCGUUGUACCGACGACCAAGGCACAGAUCAAGAAAACUAAAGAGACUAAGGAGGAGAAGAUUCCCGUUGUUAUCAAGAAAGAAGAAGAUGAGCUCAAGGGUCUAGAAGAACUCUACUAUGGAAUAAGCGAUGGUACCGAAGAAUUCUACGAGCAUUUUCCAUACAGCUCUCCACGUGCAAAUCCCGCAGAGCUAACCAGAUCAGUGGAGUGCCCAAUAUGUCUAAGCGGCGAUUCUUAUGACUCCAAUGAAAAGCUUCAAACUCAUCUGGUAUCGCACAUUUCGCCGGAGGGCAAACAGCAUCAAUUCCAAUGUCUGUUCUGCCUGGAAAAGCAUGCAACCGAAUCAGUGCUGGCCAAGCACAAUCAAAUCAUGCAUCCCACCGAAACUAAGACGGAUGGCUCUCCAUCCUAUUAUUGCUUGAUCUGCCAGCAGCGACACAAUUCUCUGCAUUUGCUAACCGCUCACUUGCAGAAGGUCCACAGCACAUUGGAGCUGCCAUACUGGUGUCAGGCGUGCGGAUAUCGGUCCUCCUCACAUCGUGACCUGGUUCGCCAUUUCUACGACGAUCACAAGAAUCAAAACUUCUUGCAGUGUCCCUACUGUCUCGAUAUAUUUUACUUCACCCACAAGGGGAAAAUCAAUCAACUGCGGAUUGAGCACUAUUUUAUGCAUUUGGACGAUCAUGUAAAUCAGCGGGAUCAAUCCCUGCGUUGUCAGAAAUGCUCGCUGAGCUUCUUGGAGAAAGGAGAUCUAAAACAGCACACGGUGUUGCAUCAUGUCAGCAUGACCAAGACGAAUAAGCCUGUACGACUGCUGCUCAACAACUCGCUGCUGAUUCCGCCCCCUAAGAUACGCACUCAUCAUCGGGAACAGCCUCCAUUCACAUCCUACAAGCGACCAGUUUUCUUUGCCUUCCUGGAGGGCAAAACCUGUGCCGAGUGCAAUACCGAUUUUGCCAGUGAGGAAACCCAUUACACUGGUUGGCUGCACUGCGUCAAGUGCAAUUACCAAACGUGUUGCGAACGUGCCCAGUUCCGACAUGGCGUUGAUUGCAAUGGCAAUUUUGUGGACGCAAUGGAAGUAAACAUGCUGCAAGAGAUGCACUGCAUCUGCGGCUUUGCUACCAGCAAUGGCAAUAAAAUGGCACAGCAUUUGGCCAACUGUGGGCUGAGCACCUGCUAUCCCAGUCUAGAGGCAGCUAAUGAAAAUGCCGUCAAGCGUAAUAUGCUGGAUAUGUUGGGUCUGGUACGACGCGAUGGUGAAACGUCUGGCGAGGGGGCAGAAUUGAGCGAUGCUGUGGAUGCGUCCUUGGAUGACAAUAAUGAAUUAAUGCAGGUGCCCGAGGAUGGUGUGGAGCAACAGCGGCAAGAGGAACUACAGAUUCAGCAGCAACAUCAUCAAAUGCCGCCACCAGAGACACAUGUUGAUAUUCAAGCCGGUUCGCAACAGCAGCAAAGUUAUAUGGAACAGCCAUCUGAGACGGAACCACAACCCGAUGUACCCCAUUUGUCCACGCAGCAGGAGCCUCCCACACCCAUACAGUUUGGCGAAAUGGAGGCAGCACCUGUGCUGAUAGAUCCACAGCAAGUACAAGCCGCUGCUGAAUAUGCUCAGGUGUCUGUAGUCCAACAGCACCAGCAACAUCAACAACAGCCAUACGGCAUGACUGGCUACGGCCAGAGCGCACUCUCAACGGACAUUGAUAUGCCGCUAAUUGGGGAGUUGGCCGAACCGAAUGCACCACCGACCCCACAGUUUCUCGGUGAAGUGCACACGCCCAUGUUCGAUGCAGUGGCUGCUGCAGAGCAGCAACAUUACCAUGCCCAGCAACAACAUCAUCAUCAUCCGCAAUGAUACAAGGCGACGGGGAAGCUGAAACCACGCGAUUACCCACAACAGUGGCAGCACUACUAGCAUUAAGACCAUAUUACAAAACGCAAUCAUAUUCAUACACAUACAUUUAUUAUAUUACGAGUAUAUAUAUUACACUACGAUUUUUGUAGAUGAGCAUCGAAAUAUUGCACAAUUAAUAUUGAUUGAAAUUUGUAGACAUUCAAAACAUUUAUAAGUAACACAUAAAAAAUCGAGAAAAUAAACUGGUAACUGUAAACUAGGUUUGUGCCUAUCAAUGUUAAUCAAAUACAUGUAUCAAAUAUUAAGAUCAA